CAAUACUCGCAUAUAGGUGGUAUCCAUAAAAACACCCAAAUCAACAAGUCUAGAAGUAAAAAUCACACCCCAUCAUCUUCCUAGACUUCACCAAAUGAUGCAUCACAACACCAACAAUCCAAUUCCAAAGAAACGACAGCGUAUUAACAGUUCAACCCGUCUCUCUUCUCUCUCCUCCGCUGCCUCCGAUUCAUCCGUUCAGUUUCUCUCUCUACCCAUUUCCGGCGGUUUCAAUGAUUCUUCCACCGCCGACGUCCUCCUUCGUCUCUUCCAUGAUUCUGAUUCUCUCUCCUCCAUUUCUGAAACUUCUAAUUCGUCUUCAUCUAAGGAUGGUGAUAUUCAGAUCUAUCUUCAUUCUUCUGCGCUUUGUAAAGCCAAGUAUUUCUCCGCUUUGUUAUCCGAUCGAUGGGGCAGAAACAAGGAUGAUUUCGAGAUGAAGAUGAAGAAGAAAGUUCAUAAGUUAAAUCUUGCUCUUUCGCCGAAACCUGGCUCGAUUAAUGCGCAUUUGAUGGUUCUUAGGUUAAUUUAUUGUGAUGAUUUAUCAUGUGCGGUUAAUUCUGUCGAGUCUGCAAUUUUGAUGUUGCCUGUUGCAAUGAAGUUGAUUUUUGAUGAUUUGGUUAAGCAAUGUGUUAGAUUUUUGGAAGCUGUUCCAUGGAGUGAGGAGGAAGAAGAUGAGAUUUUGAAUUUGGUUCCGUUUUUGUUUGAGGAAGAAUCAAAAGAGCUUUUAGCUAGGGUUUCGACUUCGAGAGUUGAUUCAUGUGAAAAAAUGCUUGAUAAUUUGUUGAUUUCAGCGAAGCAGAAUCAUCCUAAUUUGGUGCCGGUGAAAGCUUUUGUAGCGAGAUUGUUGAGAGAGUUUUCGUCGAGGGAUUCUUCAAGGAGAGUAUUGGAAAAGGCUUUUUCGAUGAGUUUGAAGGUGGUAAAAGAAUCAAUGGAGGAGUAUUCGAGUCCAGAUUUUCGAGGUGAUCAUAAUGAAACCGAGGCGAUUCAGAGGUUGAAUUUGCACAAUGCUCUGACAAACGGAAAGCAUUUGUUGUGGCUUGUGGAGAGGAUGGUUGAGCUUCGAGUUGCAGAAAUGGCGGUUAAGGAGUGGAGCGAGCAGGAUUCUUUCGCCGCUGAUUUACAGAGAGCAUUUCGGGAUGAUGCUUGGAGGAAUAUUGUGCCAGGGCUUCCAACGGUUGUUUUGAAAUGUACAUCGAAGCUUGCGAAUGCUGUGGCUUCGGGGAACAUUAUAGUUGCUAGAGAGGUUAGAAUGAAACUCGUGAAAGAUUGGCUUCCAGUGCUUAUUGUAUGCAAAGACAAUGCGUCUCCUGUGCUUCCCUGCCAUAAGCCUGCUCUCCAUAGUGCUACAUCACUAUAUCUCGAGCUGGAAGAAACCUUUUUGAGGAUAAUCUCGACUUUACCCAUGGAUGAUGCACAAGAGCUACUGCAACAAUGCUUAAGUUUCUCAGCCCGAGGUUCAGAAGAUUGCCCCCAUCUAAUUACUGCCUUCAACACCUGGUUCCGGCGUGCAACUCGGCGAAAUCCAGCUACAAAUAUCUCUUAAGAGUGCUUCGCUUAUGCACCUCUUCUGUUGGUAUGACUGUCUAAACUUCCUGUUUUCCUUGUCUUGUAAUGUAUUAAAUCCUGUUGGAGAAUAAGUUGAGUUUGGCAUGAGAUUUUCCACUUUUGUAUAUACCAUGUAAAUUGAACCUUUUUAAUGAGAAUACUUGUUCAGUAUUUUAACAUCGGAUUGUAUAAAUGUUGCUUUUCAUUGUUGAUGUGAAGCCUUGUGGAGUGUUGGGACUUGAGACUAAUGGCCCCUGUCCAAGUAUUUUAUACAAUUUUUUAUACUCAACUUUUGAUUUUGGGGGACAGAUAAUCAUCUACAUGCAAGAGAGGGAAGGAGAAACGAUCUUGUUGUAGAGUGGAAUGGAAAACUUUCAACUACUAAUUCAAUCCAUAUUUUUUUAUAAUUAAAAUUUAAGAAUAAAAUAUCAACUUUUACUAUUUUCACCAAGGAGCGCUCUGGGGUGAAGCUAGGCUAGCUUCUUUCAUUUUUGCUUAAGUAAGAGAGGGAAGAAAGGACUAGGAAUGGGCUGAGGAGUGACAGCGAGAAUCGGACCAAGACCUUUACUCGAAAAAAGUAAUACAUGUUCCAAUUAAGAAUGAACAUAAAUCUAAGUUUUGUGUUGAUCAAUAGAAUACUAAACUUAACAAUGGUGAUUUUUUUUUUGCAAAAUAACAAUGGUGAUUUUUUUUUUUUUGCAAAAUAACAAUGGUGAAUUGAAAUGUUGCAUUAUAAGUUUCUUGUACCCCAUUUUAUGCAUUAAGUACUUCCAUUAUUUGUGGUAGUGUAACUAAGAAAGUUUAUCGUACGAUGGUACCAAUUAGCAAGGAGUCAAAUGGUACUACUGAUGCAUUGCAUGUUAGCCUGUUAGGUGGAGUAUAUUAUGAAUCUUGAUAUUACUUUGUUUGUCACAAGAUUAUUCUUGUGAGAGAACAUCUUUAAUUGGCCGACCUAUUUUAUAUUGUUGUAAAAUAUUGUAAGUAGGUAUUAAGAACGAUGUAAGUAGACAUUUAAGAUAUUAAAAGUAGGUAUUAAGAAUACAGUAAGUAUUAAGGAUAAUGUAAGUAUUACAUUAUGAAUACAGCAGUUAAUUUUUAAUGGGUUGGGCUUGAGAUAUUCAAGAGACUAGCUGGUUGUUUGUUUUUGAAGUGUACAAGACAAGCAGUCAAGCUAAGACCCAAAACCAUUGUUAGUAUUUGUAGCUAGCAGUGUAGCUUUUGUUCGGAAGAAUCCUCCCCCCUCACUGGUCACUACUCACUACCAAACUGUUGGUUUUGCCAUGACAUAAGAUUUUGGUAAUUUCGUUGUUUUUUAAUGGAUCCAAACUAACAACAUAUGGCGUGCAAAUGCUUAGGAUAGUUAUACUACUUGCCUUUUUGCUAUUACUCCCUUCGUUCUUUAAUGAUGUUUUCAUUUGUCAUUUUGAAUGUUGUUUCUAUUUUUGAACAACAUAUAAUUUAUUAAUGAAUAAAUUAAGUAAUGUGAAGUAUUAAAUAACCUUGUUUUUUCAUGAUGGAUCUUUUUAUUUAUAUACAAAUUUUGGACAAAAAUAAUCUUGUUCAUCCUCAUUUUAAUAUUUAACAG